AUCGAUUACUCCGAGGAAUUAUAAAGAAAUCGAUGUUUUUUUAUAUUAAUUAGUUCUACGUCAAAUUGGCGAGUGUUCUCAAAACAAAAAUUAAAAAUGAGCUCAAUUCACCGAGAAGGUGUUCAAAAACAAAUUCAUCAAGAUUGGGCUAAUCGGGAGUAUAUAGAAGUUAUUACAGCAAGUAUUAAAAGAAUAACGGACUUCCUUAAUUCAUUUGAUAUGUCGUGCCGCUCCCGUCUGGCUGUUCUAAACGAAAAACUAUCAACCUUGGAACGUCGAAUCGAUUAUUUGGAAGCAUGUGUAACGCAAGGAGAAACACUUACGUAAUUGUUAAGUUCAAAUUUUAUAAAAUAAAUAUUUUUUAAAAGAAAAAUAA